AUGGCCGCUAGGAAGAAGGUUAGCGCUGCUGCGACUCCGUCUCAGAUUGCGUCGACCAGCUCUGCGUCCGGCAAAGCGCCUCCAACUCCCUCCCCAUCUUCAUCGCAUCCUCGGGAUCCCCUCCCCUUCGCUCACUUCCUGCCCCGCCUGCCGCUGCAACUCGUCGCCGUACUCUUCUCCUGCGUAACCUCGUCCAGCGUGACCCUGCCCGACGUCUCCAUUCCGGCGCCAACUCGCUUCGUCGCCUCCCUCAUCCGGGAUCCCCUCUCAACGCUCCCCCUCCUCUGCGGAUUGUUGGCGAUAAUUCAGGGAUGGUUCGGAUACUGGGCGCGGAGCUGCAGGCUUGAAGCGGAGAAAGCCAACAAGGAUGUGGGGGCGAAGGCGGACACGCAGGUCACGACGAGAACGGAGAGCAAGUCCUUCCGGGGAAGUUUGGGCAAGCUCUGGGACAAUGCGCUGAAGGGCGAGGCGCCGCACCAACGACUCUUCAAGAAGCGCGCAGACGGGCAGUCUGCGUUCGCUUCGAUCGACACGCGGUUCGUUCCUCAAGCGGUCAUGAUCACGCUCGGCGCAACACUCACCUUGCACGGCGCGAUCGUUCUGCUCGGCGCACCUCUGACGAGCAACGUCACGCACACCUUCCUCCUCGCCCUUCUCCUCGCCGUUCUAGCAGUCCUUCCCCUGUCCAUCGCUCUGCCGCCCGUUGCGACGACGAACGGCCGCUUUGCCUGGCUUCGACUCGUCUCUUCCCUUUCCCCGAGUGACAACCUCGAGCUGGUCCUCAUCGCACCAGCCGUCGGCACCCUCGUCGGCGCAUGGACUGGCGCGUUCCCCAUCCCUCUCGACUGGGACCGACCUUGGCAGAAAUGGCCCGUCACGCCCACCGUCGGAGCACUCGCAGGCCACGCAAUCGGUUCUUUGGUCGGCUUUGCGGUGGUCGCAUGGCGGAAGACGCUCGAGGCGGCUGUCGAUGUCUUGCAGGAGGCGAAGGAGAAUGAGGGGAUGCAGCGGAAGACAGGCGGAAUGAAGGAGACGCGGAAGAUCAAGUAG